CCACACACACACACACACACACACACACACACACAGCGCAGAGGAGAGGCAGCUAACGAGACGCUAUCGGGACGCGAUGGCUUCAGGCUGGAGAGCAGAGACACCCCCAUCGGCGAGGAGAACAGGGAUGUCCUCCGCCUGAACCCCUCUGGGAACUAGACCCCCCCAACACACCACCACAUGAGACCGAAAGAGGAGGAGACGAGCUGUCUGUCUUUCUUCUGGCUUUCUGGCCUUUCAAGAGACUUUUGAUUGUUCUGAGAAGAAGAACGUUUGACGUGGAGGAAGUGGAAUGACCUCUGACGACGAGAGAUCACAGGAAAACAACAUUUCAUGAAAUACAUCUGAUGUCCUGGAACUCUUGGAACACGACCGCCGUCCUUCGUCUUCUUCGCUGAGAUGAUGACGUCGUGCCUCUCCUGACAUCCAACAAGUGGCCCGACCGGUUGAUGUUGACUGUUUCCUGGCGCAUGCGGGCGAUGGACUAACGUGAGACGAGGUGGUUGGGGGGGUGGAGGGUUGUUUCCAAAAAAGCAAAGUCUCGACCCAGAAGCAGAAGCCUGCGUCCGGCCCCCUUCCCGUGGGGUGAGGGGUGUGUUGGAGGUCCACCCCACCAGAUGGAGGCCCAGCAGCAUUCGCCCGACAGCAGCAGUGAGGAGUGCACCGUCCUGGAGGCGCCGCCCGGGAGGAACGCCUGUCCGCUGCACGCGGGGAAGGUGGCGGAGCUGUUCUGUUCGGCCUGUGAGAGCGCGCUGUGCGAGGACUGCGUGGCGGACCACGAGGAGCACCCGAAGGUGCCCCUCAGCCAGGCCCUGGAGCAGCACCGCAGCCGCCUGCAGGAGCGGCUGGGCGGCGUCCAGAGCAGACUCCCUCAGGUGUCAGACGCCCUGUCCUUCGUGAAGGAGAUCCUCCAGCAGCUGACCAAUCAGAGGGCUUUCAUCGAAGAGGACAUCCAGUCGAGCUUCGAGGAUCUGCACAAGCAGCUGGACGUCCGGAGGAGCGUUCUGCUGAUGGAGCUGGAGGUCACGUACGGACUCAAGCAGAAGGUCCUCCAGGCUCAAGUGGACAGCCUGGUGCGGGCGGAGGACGACCUGGCGGCCUCCUGCAGCCUGACGGAGGAGGCUCUGGCUGGGGAGGCGGGCGCGGCGAGCAUGCAGGCGGAGCGGCAGCUGCAGGAGAGGCUCGGCGGGCUGGCGGGACUCGGCCUGCCGUGUCAGCCGGAGGAGAACGACCAGCUGGACCUGCUGCUGGAGACCGACGGGCUGAGGAAGUCCAUCCACAACCUGGGGACCAUCGUCACCACCAGUGCGGUGGCGAGCCAGAGCGAAGCCAUGGGGGCCGGCCUGGAGCAGUGCAUUGUGGGCCACCCGGCCUCGGUCACCAUCGUGACCAGGGACAAGUCAGGGGGAGCCUGCAAGAGCGGCAACGCCGUCCUGUCAGCGGAGGUCUUCACCCCCGAUGGAAGCAUCGUGGACGGGGAACUCGUGGACCACAAGAACGGCACCUAUGAGUUUGUGUACACGGUGCCGAAGGAGGGCGACUUCUCGCUGGCUCUCCGUCUGUACGACCAGCACAUCAAAGGAAGCCCCUUCAAGCUCACCAUCAACAGGGCCACCCCGUCCACGGGCUCCUCCGAGGGGGCGAAAAGACGAGGGAAGUCCCCCGGCCAGAAGAAAAAGGGAUCCAAGAGGGCCAGCAGCGCCCUGGGAACCCCGCGGCGCAAGACCCAGAACCCCAUCGAGGACGACCUCAUCUUCCGGAUCGGAACGAAGGGGAGGAACAAGGGAGAGUUCACCAACCUGCAGGGCGUGGCGGCCUCCUCCACCGGCAGAAUACUGAUCGCCGACAGCAACAACCAGUGCGUUCAGAUUUUCUCCAACGAGGGGGAAUUCACGACUCGUUUUGGCACUCGGGGGCGGUCGCCGGGGCAACUGCAGCGUCCCACUGGCGUGGCCGUGCACCCCACUGGUGACAUCAUCAUCGCUGACUAUGACAACAAGUGGGUCAGCAUCUUCACCAGCGAGGGCAAGUACAAGGCGAAGCUCGGCUCUGGGCGCCUCAUGGGGCCGAAGGGCGUGUCGGUGGACCGGGACGGUCAUGUGAUCGUGGUGGACAACAAGGCGUGCACCGUCUUCAUCUUCCAGCUCACCGGAAAACUUGUCUCCAAGUUUGGCAGUCGAGGCAACGGUGACAAACAGUUUGCAGGUCCACACUUUGCAGCGGUGAACAAUAACAACGAGAUCAUCGUGACUGACUUCCAUAACCACUCCGUCAAGGUUUUCACACCUGAAGGAGAACUGGUGUUGAAAUUUGGCUCCAACGGUGAGGGAAACGGCCAGUUCAACGCUCCCACCGGCGUAGCCGUGGACGUGAACGGGAACAUCAUCGUAGCUGACUGGGGCAACAGCAGAAUACAGGUGUUCGACGGCAGCGGCUCCUUCCUCUCCUACAUCAACACCUCGGCGGACCCUCUGUACGGACCCCAAGGUCUGGCCCUGACCUCUGAUGGACACGUGGUCGUGGCUGACUCUGGCAACCACUGCUUCAAAGUCUACCGCUACCUGCAGUGAUGGAGGCUUGGGCGGAGACAUGGACUGGAGGAAGGUGGAGUCGAGGGAUAUGGAGCACGAUGUCAAGUACCAGGAACUAUUGCAUGAACCUCGACUCGCAACGGAUGGAGAAGGAAAGGGAGAAGCCAAGAAGAAGGAUCAGCCAUCAUCACAUCAGUAGACCGCAUCCAAACUGCAAAUCUAGUCGUGACAUCUUUAGUAUCAUCGUAGUAAACGUCAGAAAAAUGAAACAGAGGACUGCAGAGUAUGGAGGACAACGAUUGGCCUUCGAGCUACAUUUAAAGUGUCAAAAAGGAGAAGGAUAAUCGUGGACGAGGGAGAAGAGAGCGAUGGUGGAUUCAGGAGUUCGUAGAGUGAUGCAACGCUGGAGUAAAGACAGUUAUGCAACGGCCAAUUCUUGAUGUUAAACUCAAACUCUUGAAGUCCGUCUUCCUCCCAGCUGUUUAAAAUUGGAAGAGCGGAUGGGAAAAAAAGGCUUUAAAAAAGGAAAGAGCAAAUCAAGGUUGCAAAAGGAAACCACUGCUUCCUAAACCCACGAGGUGUAUACGAUGGAUAAUAUACGAAGAAGUAUACAAGACGUGAGUGUACGAAUGAAGGCUGACGUUUUGGAGAGAAUCGAAUGGAAGAUGAACGUUUUGUAAUGAUCGGCCUCCUCAUGUCGUAACCGAGGAAACGACGGCCAGUGAGCGGAGACACGUCUUAGUGUGACAUCACUUCUCGUUGCUUUUGAACCAUAACAAUAAAUCUGUGCACCAACUCUGAGCUAACAACUCUACGAGGUUGUCAAGGCGCUCUUGAGCAAAGCACUUCACUUUAAACUGGUGCGACAGGAAAGAGGACUGCAGCUGUUCUAGAACACUCAGUAAAGAUGCUCCAGCAGAAGAAUAAAGAUUCACUCUCAUAUGAUCACACUAAGACGUGGGCCACUUUCAGCCUGUAGUGCAUUGUGUGUCCAAUGUCUAAAUAAGGAAUGUUUAUUUAGUUUCUUGCCAUAUGCUGGUAUACUUUAAGGUUUAGGCAAUUGACUUAACAUUAGAAAUGAUUGCUUGACUAACUCUGAUUGUCUGGAUUGGUUGAUUGACACGCAGCAGCAUCAUCUCAUCUAUGCCCGGUUUGAGUGUUCAGAUAUUUUUUCUCCUGAGAAAUCUGUUGCAAGAAGGGGUGGAAAAAUAAUAACAAUAAGGUCUAUGAAUCUAUUCUAUAUAUUUGAGAGAAUACCUUUAAAAUAUGUUGUGUAAAGCAGGUUGGAACCAGUAGCAAUCUCACACAUUUGUUUCUGCAGAAUUCUCGAAUGUUUUCGUAUAUUUUUAGACAUCGGCGAGGGUUCCAGAAUGUUCUGAGAGUCCCGAGAGGCGAUGGAUCGAGUUCCCGUGUCACGGAACGAGCACGCCUCCAUGUUCACGGAACGAGCGCGCCUCCGUGUCACGGAACGAGAACGCCUCCGUGUCACGGAACGAGAACGCCUCCGUGUCACGGAACGAGAACGUCUCCGUGUCACGGAACGAGCACGCCUCCGUGUCACGGAACGAGAACGCCUCCGUGUCACGGAACGAGAACGCCUCCGUGUCACGGAACGAGAACGUCUCCGUGUCACGGAACGAGCACGCCUCCGUGUCACGGAACGAGAACGCCUCCGUGUUCACGAAACGAGAACGCCUCCGUGUCACGGAACGAGAACGCCUCCGUGUCACGGAACGAGAACGUUUCCGUGUCACGGAACGAGCACGCCUCCGUGUCACGGAACGAGCACGCCUCCGUGUUCACGGAACGAGCACGCCUCCGUGUCACGGAACGAGCACGCCUCCGUGUUCACGGAAAGAGAACGCCUCCGUGUCACGGGACUGUCGACAUCGACCAACCCCGACAGAGUCCAACUGGUUGCCCUCAUUUUACAACGUACAGUAAUGGGACAACGCAUUGAAAACAAAGAGCUUUGCGAUGGUAAUAAUAUCAACAUGAAGCAUUUUAAUAGGCAAGAGAAGCAUUGAAGUUUCUCACGUCAGCGUUCAACAGAUUAAACCUAUUGUUGUAAAACAUGUGACAGCUGCCCCGUCAAGUUCAACCUCAUGUAAGUUAUUACCUCUAUUUAUUUAUUUUGUCUCGUAACUUGCCAUCUGAUUGCCCAUUUAUAUUUCUUCUUUUUGUACAUUUUGUCUGUGUUGAAUCAAAAUAUGAUUGUUGGCGUUUUAAACGUUUUAUCGAACACGUCGACAAUCCAUGCUUGAUUACUUUUUUUUUUGUCAAAUGAAAGUCGUCUUGCCGUGAAGGGGAAAUAAUGAAGCUAGCCCAUUAGCAACAACAGCGUGUUAGCAUUACAUACCUGAAAACCAAUGGACAAGAACCACUAAGUACUUUUUGGCUGUUUGGUUUUAAAUGCUGAAUGUUACCAACGCUGUUUUACAGAUAGACAAGACAGAAACAGUAUAAGAGUGCAUGUUCAAUAAAAUAAGAAAACAUUUAAAUGAAAGCUGUCAGUCCAAGAAAGGAGAGAAUGUCAUUUCAUUUAUUGUGCCGAUCGUCAGUUUGUUAAAAAUACAUUCACUAACUUACACCGUUAAAUCUUCUGAUUCUGCUCAGAUGUUGGGGGUUUGUUUGGCUCUAUUGAUAAUUGAUAGUUUCUAAACAUCCGGUUGUGUUUCUGAAAGUGAUCCGGGCCUCCUGAGUCCAAGCCUUCUCAGUAAUCCUGAUUUUAAAUUAAUGGCGAGCAUACAUCCUCUCGUUAGGAGACGACACAUCCACGUUGAAGAAAGACAUUCCUUUUAUCAACAGAAUAGAACAAUAUUACAAUUGUGAUUAUAGAUAUUCACACAUGGCUUGGCUGUGUUUGCAGCAUGAGAUCAACCUUGUUCCUCAAUCUAGUAACUUCAUCCUCCUGACAUGGAUAACCCAGUGUUGUGAGACACAGCCCUGCAGCGUCAUUGCCUGCUCCUUCUCUCCUUCUCUCCUUCCCUCCUUCUCUCCUUCUGUAUUUACUAACUGUUUCCUGUCUUUUUUGGACCGUCUCCUUAAUAUUCCCACACACUCAAUACUAAAAUAAAGCAUU